UGCAGUGAGCAAAAUGUCAAAGAGGAUUAAAGUGGGAUGCAGGGAAAUCCCCCCCCUUCAACAGUUGGUUAAAUCCAAUCCACGGCAAUCAAAAGAUUCAAAUAAUUUAAAGAAAGCGGAUAUAGCGCACCUCCCAGUGAGUCAUAAGGCAGCAGAGAUAGCGAUACCCUGCUUGGAGAGCGUUGUGGCUGAAGAAAAGAGGCUUUGUUCACACGGGCCAAGUAGUGACAGAAUGACAUAAUCUAUUCCUGGAUGGAAGAGACUUAACGCUGUUCAGGCAACACAAUCAGGAUUGAAUUGUAACAUCUCUUAAAAAACCUAUUACACACAUGUCAAGUUGAUGAUAACUGGCAAUUUAAGCACAAUGUUGUGUGCUACAUAAUUCAAUAUCAAGUACAAUUCAUUCAGGUGGAUUACAUGGUCAAGUGAUGGGAAGGAUUUUUUUUUGUUCUUUUACAAUUUUAAUGUUUUUCCACAUUAUUUUUUUUAACUUUUGAGACUAGUGGUACAUUUUUUUACACCCUCCUUUUAUAUGAAACCAUAUAUAUAUUCUGUCCCCAUCUAAUUGAGCGUGCUGCACGUCCACUGACUUUCCCAUGAGAUGAAUAGGCCUUGUUACUGGUCACUGGGCAUCUAUGCUGGCAGCAGUGGGAGGGGUGAGGAGGGGGUGAAGCUGUGCUGCAUCAAUGAGCCUGUUGAUCAGAAAAAGACCACUAAGACUGGUAAUGACACGCUUCCCUGAUCAGACCAGGAGAAAAUAAAACUCAGCUUCCACCUACGCUCCUAUUUAAAAGCAGGGACGUCCCCACGCUGAUCUUCAGUCUACCUCAGAUACCUCGACACCUGUCUGGAGUCAUCGGGCUGCGGGAUCCUACGAUGGUUUGGACUGCUGCUCUCCUCAUCAUUGUUGUUUCACACGUUAAAUCAGAGGACUACUGUUACGAUGAGCCACAUUGUGAUCCUUACGCAUGGGGAGACCUGUUCCCGUCUUGUCACCCUCUACUUGAAGAGCAUCACUCUCCCAUCAAUCUUGACCACCUCCAGAUGACCAGAAACGAGUCUCUGGGAUCUUUAAACCUGGAGGGCUUCGACGUGAUCCAAACGGGCCACUGGACGCUUCUGAAUGACGGACACUCUGUCGUGCUGCAGGUUGGCGGCGGCAUGUCGGUGAGCGGUGGAGGUCUUCCAGAUGUGUACCACACCAUCCAGCUGCACUUCCACUGGGGAGGCCUGGCCACUAACGGAUCAGAGCACACCGUGGACGGACGCAGAUACCCGAUGGAGAUGCACAUAGUCAACAUGAAGUCCAUCCAUCCCAAUCUGACAGCGGCCUUGAAAGACCCGACAGGACUCGCUGUUCUUGGAUUCUUCAUUGAUGUUGUAUAUGCAGACAAUGUGCACUUUGGACUCGUAUCACAAAAGCUCUCCUCUGUUGCGUACAAAGGUCAAACUACUAAGAUCAAGCCAUUCCCGCUGAUGAGCCUCCUGCCAAAGCACAACAUGAGUCAGUAUUACCGCUAUUACGGCAGCCUCACCACCCCUCCGUGUUCUCAAGCGGUCGUAUGGACUCUGUGUGAAGUCCCCGUCUACAUCUCAUGGUCCCAACUGGCUCAGUUCACCUCACAGAUCUUCUCCACAGAGGAGGAUGCAGAGCAGGUGACACCUCUGCAGAACAACUUCAGACACAUCCACCCCACCUUCAGUCGCAUCGUCUCCGUGUCCAAAGAUGCCAAACUCCUCACAGGGACGGCCAGUCGUCCCCUCGGCUCAGCUGUGUCACUGCGGCUGCUUCAAAUCGUUUUGCUGGGAAGCUUCAUCUCUGGACUUUAACGCCACGUUUUAAGUCGAAAUCAUGAAACACUGGAUUCAUGUUUUUACCACUCACUUUUUACCCCCAAAAUGACAUUUAAAUGAUGUUUAGAUGAUGUCCAGUGAAGAAUAAAUAUAAAAUACAAACUGUGAAUGAAGUACUGUAAAAUGUUGAACUGUUACUAAAUGAUUGAUGAUUGUGCCCUGCGGUCUCUGCAGGAUUAACUCCAAUACUGCAUUCAGAAAUGUGAUCAAAUAUGUCUCAUUACUAACAGUUUACUGAGCAUUGAAAUGUGUUUUAUGAUGUCAGCCAUGUGUGCAUUUAUGACUGUAGGCCUUAAGCUUGUUCUUGAAAUAUGUAUUUAUUAUAAAACUAGAGCCUAGAGGCGUUUAAAUACAAAGUUGUCAUAGGCGGAAAUUUCACACAGACACCUUUUUUAAAAGAAAGUUACUUUUACUUAAGGUAAUAUAUGAUGGUAUGUUGCAUUUCAGGCCAUCGCAUUGAUUCAAAGACUUUGUACAAACACAAUAAAGAUGGUGCUGUAAACAAAAAUGUGUAAAGUGAGGAGUAAAAUGCUUUUUUUUUAACAAAGUAUGCAAAAUAAACUGUUUUUAGUGCUUUUAUACAUUUGAAGAUAAAAAAAAGAUACAAAUUUUAAUUCCAUUAAACCCCAUGGAGCUCAAGAUCUCAAAAUGUUUCUCUUUUUCCAAUGUUCAAACUAGACACUCAAAGCUCCACUAUAAUAUAUUUAUACAAAUUUACAUUUCUUAAAUUGUUUUUAGUUUUUAAGUUAUUCUCAUUUCCAUACUCUCCAUUCAUUCUCUAUGUAAUUUGUUACAGUUUAUAAUAUAAGAAGUAUAAAUAAAUAAAAAUAAAAAAUUGA